AAAUUGGCCUGUGAUCAAGCUUGUGUCAUCUUAUCAUUUUUUUCCAUAUGCUAUUGGUUGGAAUAUAGAUUGACUUUGUCAACAACAUAACUCCACCGGAGAAUCUAGCUAACGACCUUUACCCACCAACCAUGUUCUUUUCUAUCCAGCUUGAACCCGAGACUUUGGUUAAGGAAUCUAGGCUCAAUUCCACUCCAUUUUCUUUCAUUUGAACUUAUGGUUAUAUACCUUAGUGUAUAAGUAUUCAAGGUAGCUGAUAUUCCUGGAACAGUAUCAAAAGGGGCACCAGAUUUCUGCACAGUAUAUGUUGUUGCUAAAGGGAAGAUUCAAUCCAUGCGAUCUGCUUCUCGAGCUGCCCCUGCCUUCUCCCCUCUACAAAACCAGCUUAGUCAUGCCAGUGCUAGGUCAGACCAUUCAGAACCACGUGGGCCUCUGGUUAAUGGUGCCAAAGGACCUGAAAGGAGGUCCUUUGAGGCACCACCCCGUAGAUCACAGGAUGCACCCCGUAAAUCAAAUGAUGGAACAACAGAUUCCUUCAGGUCACCAUUCACUAGGAGAGGUAUGUAUGACAAGUCAUAUGGAGAAAUUUCAGUGCCAGAUUCUGACAUAAGCUUUGUAAGCUCUAGAAGGCCAAGCACAGAUCCCUUAUUCCCUUCAUUGUAUAACAACAACAACAACAACCACUCGGAGACAGGAAUAUCCAACCCCCGGCUAUCCUAUAGCUCUGACACUGAUGGAAAUAACUAUAGCUUUGAGUCUAUGCAUUUUGGAAGGAGGUCUAUGGAUAUCAGCUCCGACUUCUCAUCCUUUUCACAAGAGAGUGAGGGCUUGUCAUCUUCUGCAUUACGGGGUGUGGAUGACGUGGAGGCUGAAAUGAGAAGACUGAAGUUGGAGCUCAAGCAAACAAUAGAAUUGUAUAACAAUGCCUACAAAGAAGCACUCACGGCUCAACAAAAGGCUGUGGAACUCCAGCGCUGGAAAUUAGAGGAAGAGAGGAGAUUGGAGGAGGCAAAGCUCGCCGAAGAAGCUGCAUUGGCAGUUGCAGAAAAGGAGAAGGCAAGAUCGAAAGCAGCCACGGAGAGUGCUGAGGCACAGCAGAGGAUUGCAGAACUGGAAGCACAGAAGAGAAUCAAUGCAGAAAUGAAAGCAUUUAAGGAAGCAGAAGAAAAAAGAAAAGCAGUGGAUGCUUUAUCAAACAAUCAUGUGAGGUAUAGAAAGUACACAAUAGAGGAGAUUGAAGCUGCAACCAAUUUUUUUACUGAGUCACAGAAGAUUGGAGAAGGGGGUUAUGGUCCAGUUUAUAAGUGCCAUCUGGACCAUACACCCGUGGCAGUAAAGGUUCUACGUCCUGACGCAGCACAAGGAAGGUCACAGUUUCAAAGAGAGGUUGAGGUAUUGAGUUGCAUUAGGCAUCCAAACAUGGUUCUUCUCCUAGGAGCCUGCCCUGAGUACGGCUGCCUUGUAUAUGAGUACAUGUCAAACGGAAGCUUAGAUGACCGCCUCUUCUGCCGAGGAAACACUCACCCAAUUCCAUGGCAGUUGAGGUUCAGAAUUGCAGCUGAAAUUGGCACAGGCUUGUUGUUCCUCCACCAGACCAAACCCGAGCCUCUUGUGCAUAGAGACCUCAAACCAGCCAACAUCUUGCUGGACCGAAACUAUGUUUCCAAGAUCAGUGACGUAGGUUUGGCCAGGCUGGUUCCACCCUCUGUAGCAGACACUGUGACACAGUAUAGGAUGACAUCCGCAGCUGGAACAUUCUGUUACAUAGACCCUGAGUACCAGCAGACAGGAAUGCUUGGAGUGAAAUCUGACAUAUACUCUCUUGGGAUCAUUUUCUUGCAACUUUUGACAGCAAGCCCUCCAAUGGGUUUGACUCAUCAUGUUGGGAGAGCCAUUGAGAAGGGCACAUUUGCUGAUAUGUUGGAUCCAAAAGUGUCUGGCUGGCCGGUAGAGGAUGCCUUGAGCUUGGCAAAGAUCGGUAUCCGGUGUGCCGAACUGAGGAGGAGAGACAGACCUGAUCUUGGCAAGGAAGUGCUGCCUGAACUAAACAGGCUAAGAGAACUUGCUGAGAACAAUGAUCAUCAUUCAAUGUUUAGUGGCUAUGCUAGCCCAUCCAAUCAGAGCCAAGUUUCUCUUCAGCUGGAUGGAGCCAGUUCUCCACUUGCCUAUUCUGGGGAGAGCAUAAGAAACGCAUCAAGUCCUGUUUGACAUUCAGUCAAAACAAGAUCUUCUUCAGUAAAAUAGAUAGUAUGUUCGGUGGAAAUGAUCCCGAGGAUAAAAUGUAAAAUUACUUUGGUGAAUUGAUGUAAUAGAUUCUUUGAUUCUUUCAAUUUGUUCAUUUGAUUUCGUUUUCUCGUUUUAAUUUAGAUUGUAAAAACAGUAGAGUCGAAGUGUAAGAUCAUUAACCCAAGUAACUUCACCGUGUCUCUCUCCAGGGACUAUUUGGUCCGGAAAUGAUAUCCAGUCAAGUUAUUUUAUUUUCUUUA